UUUUAUUUAGGGUGCUUUUCAAGUAUGAGUUGAGAGAGUAGCCUCCCUUACAUUGGUCAGCCGGGUGUUCAUAUUUGUAAACAAUUAGUGGAAAACAGAGCGUUGUAAAUAAAUGCUCAUCGGUGAAAGUGUGGAACGUGGCACGGCUCUACAUUAGAGUCUAAUGGCCACACGCCAGUGAACUGCCACGCAUCACGGCCAUCAGCUGAACACUGUAGUGUACGCAGUGUCACCUACCAAUCUGUAUCACACGACCUCAAUAAGGUUUAUCGUACUGACCUCGGACGAAUUAGAUAACUGUCAACUUAUCUUCAACCUUUCUCAACAGACGUAUUAUGAAUGAUCAGCUAGUGGGUGCGUGUUUCUGUGAAAGUUACGCUGGAGCUUGUGUUAUCAACAUCAUUCCAAGUCGGAGUGGACUGUCUUGUCGAGGACAGAUCGUGAAAAACGGGUUUGCAAACAUCUCACACAUAGUUUGAGUUUGUGUCGAGCGAUUUCCAUUAUGUCCAGCAAGCGUCCUGCCACAUUUGUACCCGGCUUCCAUGAUGAAGAGCUUUGUUCCAAAAUGCGCUACAAUACCUUUGGAGAUACAGGACUUGAAGUAUCAGUAUUAAGCCUUGGUGCGUCGUCCCUGGGCAGCGUGUUCCGUUCCACCAAAGAGGAGGAAUCUAUUGAGGUGGUUCGCAAGGCUCUGAGGAGUGGCAUCAAUGUUGUAGACGUGGCACCCUGGUAUGGCCAUGGCAAGGCGGAAACUGUCUUGGGGAAGGCCCUGAAGGGCAUCCCCAGGAAAGCUUACUACAAGUGUUUUACUUUUUGUCGGUACCUGCCUGAGCCGGACCAGAUGUUUGACUUCAGUGCUGAGAGAACCAUACGGAGUGUGGAUGAGAGUCUCAUCGAUAUUAUACAGGUGUAUGGGAGGCUGGGUGUGGACUACAUCGAUAUUAUACAGAUCCAUGAUAUGGAGUUUGCUGACAACCUUGACAUUGUGAUCAACGAAACCCUGCCAGCAUUACAGAAGGUCAAGGAAGCUGGGAAGGCCAGAAUGAUUGGCAUCACUGGAUAUCCUCUAGAAAACUUCAGGACAGUGCUGGAGAAGAGUACGGUGAAGAUAGACAGUAUACUGACCUACUGCCGAGGAUCUAUGAAUGAUAACUCCCUUGCAGAAUAUAUUCCAUACUUUGAGUCUAAAGGUAUUGGGAUUCUGAAUGCCUCACCAAUCAGUAUGGGUCUGUUGUCGGACCGCGGCGCCCCAUCUUGGCACCCGGCAUCCCAGGAUCUCAAGGAUACCUGUGCUGCAGCAGCAGCCUACUGCAAGGAGAGGGGAGUGGAUAUAUCUCGUCUUGCCAUGGACUUCACCUUGUCUCAGCCACAAUACCACUCCACUCUGGUCAGCACUGCCAGUUUGCAAAACCUACAGAAGAACAUUGACUCCGUGUACACUCCGCUCAGUGACCUGGAGAAGAAGACACAGCAAGAAGUAAUGGAGAAGUUCAUGAAGCCGCUGAACAACAAGAACUGGGAGGGCGUGGAGGUCGCAGAAUACCGGGCAUCUUUGAAAAGCCAGUCUGGUUGAAGCUUGAGGUGCUCAGCUCAGAAGAUGCAUCACAACAUGUAGGGAGAUGUUGGGAUUGUUAUACACAAUGCAAUAUUUGAGUGACAUCAUACACAUUUUGAUACUGUACUAACAACGAGUAUUGAAUCAAUAGGGUAAUAAUAUGGUUACAUAUUGUGGUGCUUUUUGUACUGUUUUUGUGUCGAAUUCUAGUUUUUCAGUCAACCUGAAUGACAGGAGAGAAGCUAGUUAUAAUUUUGUCUGGUCAAGGCAGCUGUUGACAAACUGUUUUCUCCACUGCUUAUCUAGUCUUCUAAAAGUUCUCUGCAAUAAGAGUAAGCAUUUUCGCUUAUGAUGGGCAUGAAGGUAACUCCAGCUUAGGCUGUUAUUAAGACUGAAGGGGUCGUUAUCGGCACGGGUAUUACUAGUGUUGGGAAUCGGAAACCAAA